AUAUAUGUGGACGCUAGCGGAACCAAUCACAGCGACUCGGGAGCGUUAGCUGUCGGACAGCGUCAUGUAGCAGCUCGUGUAGGCGCUAAUGUGACACACGGUUACCCACAGAACCGCGCAGUUAGCAUGAGAGCUAACGAGCCUCGAAAGAACAACUCGAGGUGCAGAUUCGCACGACGCCAUCACUGUUUCUCUUUCUGCUGGUUUGAACACACAUGCUAACAGGCGGCUCGUGUUGGGGAAACGUCUCGUAUAGGCUGCACACAUUAGCAGAUGCCCCCUAAAGCCAAGGCGGCAGGCAGAGGCAGAGCCCCCGCCAAGAGGAAGCUGGCGGAGGAGUUUCCUCCUGGAGAAGUGCUGAAGGACACCAUGAAGAAGGAAUGGAAGCUGGGGGCUCCGAUCGGUCAGGGGGGCUUUGGGGUCAUAUACUUGGCCGAGGAAAAUUCUGCAAAUCCCGUGGGUGCUGAUGCUCGCUAUGUCAUCAAAGUGGAGCCUAUUGACAAUGGACCGCUUUUCUGCGAGCUCGCAUUUUACAUGAGAGCUGCGAAGCCGGAUCUCAUUCAGAGUUGGAUGAAGUCCAAGAAGCUGAAGAACCUGGGCGUGCCCCGGUACUGGGGCUCAGGUCGGCAUGAGAGAGGGGGUCAAAGUUACAGGUUCAUGGUCAUCGACAGACUUGGCACAGACCUGCAGAAGAAGUUUGAGGAAUGCGGAAGGAGAUUUCCCAGAAAGCUGGUCCUGCAGCUCGGCCUUCGACUGCUGGAUACUCUGGAGUACAUCCACGAGCACGAGUACGUGCACGCCGAUGUGAAGGCGUCUAACCUCAUGUUGAGUCACAGCGAUCCAAACCAGGUUUACUUAGUAGAUUAUGGACUGGCCUAUAGGUACGCACCUGAAGGUCUGCCCAAGGAGUACAAGGAAGACCCCAGGAAAUGCCACGAUGGUACCAUCGAGUUCACGAGCAUCGACUGCCACAAAGGAGCAUCCGCGUCCAGGCGCAGCGACCUGGAGAUCCUGUCCUACUGCAUGGUCCAGUGGCUGUGUGGGCGGCUGCCCUGGGAGGACAAGCUGCAGGACCCGCUGUACGUCAGAGACGCCAAGAUCCGGAGUCAAGAAAACAUAACCGAGUUCAUGGCCAAGUGUUUCUCCUCUCAAGACAAACCAGACGAGAUCCAGCGCUUCAUGGAGGAGGUGAAAUCUCUGGGCUACACAGCCAAACCACCGUACGACAAGCUGCGCUCGAUCCUGCAGGCUGGGCUGAAGACCAGCGGCGCUAAAGAGGACGGCAAGCUGGAGUUCACCUCUGUCAAUGGAGCAGCGGCGCCUCCCAAGAAGAUGACCAAAAGAAAGAUGGCAGCCGAUAAAGCGGAGGAGAGCGAGGUGGAUCCAAGUCCCGUCAAGAAAAAGAGAGUCACAAAGAAGAACGACAGACCAAAGAAAAGUCCCCAAAAGACUCCGAAAUCCAGGAAGGUGCCCUGCAGUGACCCCAAAUCCAGACUUGUGGAAAUGGGAACCCAGACAUCACCCGGACUUGCCCAAAGAUCCAGAGGCAGACCCAAGAAAACCUGAACCUCCACCUCACUCCUCAACUCAGGCUUUUAAGCUGGACUUACUCUGUUACACUGUUACACUGUGCUAAUAGAUGCUGAUGUUUGAUUGCAUUGUAACAAUAAAGAGAUGACGACAUUGA